CUCAAAGCUGGUCUGCAUGCUCCACAGAGUGUGAGAGACAGAGGAUGUGAGAGCAGGCAAGAUGGAGUGCUGGCACAGAUGAAGACUGUCCCUGGCCCCGUCUGACAGUCCACAUGAGUGUCUCCAAGCCCCCACCGCCACCUUCAACCUCCCACCUGGCCAUCCCCCCUUCCUCUGCCUCCACCCCUUCCUCAUCCGCCUCCUCCCCCUCCGCGACGCCCCACUCCAUUGCCCCGCCCCCGCCCUCGCCAGUCAAAAUCUCUAUGCAGGAGCACUUUGCCAUUAAUGUGUGCCCAGGGCCCAUCCUCCCCAUUCCACAGAUCUCAGACUUCUUCCCACGUUUUCACGACUACCCCUGCACGCCACCACCUCCCAGGGAGAAGAAGAUCCUGAAAGAGGAGACUUUCAAUGGGGAGACGGGUGGAGGAUACAAGGAUGGCGAGAGAAGAGGGGAGAAUGAAGGAGACAAGGAGGAGCUGAUCGACUCUGAUGAUGAGGACACCUACCUGGGAACGCUGGAGUUCAGCCUGCUCUUUGAUCAAGAGAACAACUGUCUGCAUUGUACCAUCCACAAGGCAAAGGGACUGAAAGCCAUGGACUCCAAUGGGCUGGCGGAUCCAUACGUCAAGCUGCAUCUUCUCCCCGGGGCUAGCAAGGCAAACAAACUCCGCACAAAAACCCUGAAGAACACACUGAAUCCAGUGUGGAAUGAAACCCUGGUGUAUCAUGGCAUCACCGCAGCAGACAUGACCACCAAAACGCUCAGGCUGUGUGUCUGUGACAUGGACAGACUGGGACGAAAUGAAUUCAUCGGGGAGGUACGAGUGGCUCUGAAGAAACUGAAAGAGGGUGAGAACAAACGCUACAAUAUGGGCCUGGAGAGAAUUGCGCAGAAUAAAGAAACUAACAAUCAAACACUGGAGCAGGGAGCAGUUGUCGCAGAAGAAGAGCGUGGCCGCAUCCUGGUGUCACUGUGCUACAACACGGACAAGGGCUGCUUGCUGGUCGGGAUCAUACGCUGUGCCCAUCUGGCCGCCAUGGACUCCAAUGGCUACUCUGACCCCUUUGUCAAAAUUGUCCUACAGCCAGAUAUGGGGAAAAAGUCCAAAUACAAGACUUCCGUGAAGAAAAAGACUCUCAAUCCUGAAUUCAAUGAGGAGUUUUCAUAUGAAGUAUCCUUGGACCAGCUGGCAAAGAAAACCCUGGAGAUCACUGUGUGGGACUAUGACUUGGGAAUGAGCAACGACUUCAUAGGAGGAGUGGAGCUGGGCAUCAAUGCAAGCGGACAGAGACUCAGACACUGGUUCGAGUGUCUCAAAAACAAAGGGAAGAAAGUCGAGUACUGGCAUACGCUCACGCAGCAAGGAGCCCCAAGCAGUGACAAACCGGACUAGAUUAUACAAUACAUUCAUGAUACAAACACACACACACACACACACACACACACACACACACACACACAUAUUCAUGUCUCACUGAACGAUGGCUGAUAACAGAGUGCGAGUAAGGAUGAAAUAAGAACAAAGGAUAAAACAUGCAAUAACAAUAAUGUUCAAAAUCUGUCUCAUAUUGCCAACAAAUACGGCGCAGAGUAUUAGUAUAUGAUAUUCAUACUAAUAUUAGUGAUGGUAAUAAGGUGUAAUCUGAAUACUUUUUUUUCAAAGUAAACCAAAUUGUGACAAUGUCCUCAUUAAAGUGUUGACGUAAUGAAACAAAUCUCACUAAAAUGUGCGUUAGACCGUACUGUAUUGUAGAAGUUGCUCAUAUUCAUUCAAAUUUAUGCAUAAUGACCAGAUUUGAGACUAAUGUACUCAAAAUUCAUUCAGUGAAAGUGCCCAACAGUAUGUGCACCCUUGUGACUCAUUAUGUGGUACAUAGUUGCAGGAGGGAUGUUAUGACAGGAUGGUUGUCGUGAGAAGUCUCUAAGUGGUUGUCUAUCUAAUGCAAAAGGACAUACCAUAUUAUAAAGCACAAACGGAUCCAUUUGGUGGAUUUCUACCUUUACCUUUUCAUUGUUCCUGUUUUUAUGUAUUUUCAUUGUCUUUUAGUGACAGUGGUAUUUUAUCCACCUUCACAUGAGACAGUAAUGUGUCAGCAUAUGUGUGUGUGUGUGUGCGCGCGUGCGUGUGUGUGUGUGUGUGCAUGAGGGCUACGAGAGUAUGAGUGCCUGCAUUUUGUGUCUGUGCAGCAUCUGCUAAUCUGUAUGCACGUCAUGCCGCAUUCAAAAUGUCUCCACCCGAAUGCCGAUGCACAGAGAUGUGAAGAAGUAUUAAAAAGAAAUGUGUGCAUGAGAGAAAACCUCUGCUACCACCAAAGGCCUCAGUUUUGUGAGUGCUCCUGGCCACCUGUGCCAGGCCUUUGCCAUCUCUCUCUCACUCUGCCACUGCCAGGAAGCCAAAAGAGCAACUUUGAGAAAGGCAAAUACCUUGAUAUGUAACCUUUGACUGCUCGUCUGAUGAAAGCCCGGAGCUGUGUCCACAGCAGGCAAAACGGAUAUUGUUUUCGGAGUAACUUGUACUUUAUUGCAACAUUAAUAGCCAAAUUUCACCUGGAUUCAAGAGAGUUUACCUCAGUGACUGUAAUUUUGCUCCAACAGAAACAAUAAAUUAUGCAACAUGUUCUUUCAUCAGUGCAGUGUCAGACAUUUUAAAUUAAAAAUACAGGAAUUUGAUGAGUUCAGUUGUCCGAUUUAUAUAAAUGGAGCUGCCCGCUGCUUGAAAAACCUCCCUAGCUCACGUUUACACAUCCUCGGACAUUCAAGAGUCUCUAAAGAAAAGAGUGGAGAUCGACCAUCAGGGGGAGUUGUUGCUUUGUUAGGAGUUCUGUUUGUCCCGUUACUUCUGACCUAUUAAAUAUCAGGUCUAGUGUGGCACAACACUGUAGAUCACUGAGAGGAUUUUGUCCAUGUCUAAACACAGGAUUUCAUGCUCAGAUAAAACUUUGCUUUUGGUACCAGAGCCCCCUAUGAUUUAACCUCACAGAGUAAAGAGAAAUCACACCCGUCAGGGUCAGCGGAUACUCACUGAUCCAACACAUUAACAAAAUAGAUAAGGUCGGAUUUUUGUGAAGCUGUGUGCAUGUUGUGCAUCUUUAUGCACAUUUCAGCAUUUUCAUGAUAUAUAAAAUUUAUCUACAUGCUUGCCAGGAUAUCAAAUGUCCUCCCCUGGUUCAUCUGACACAACAGCUCUGGCCACACACUCACUCACAAAAGCACAUGCACAGUCGGUCAGUGGCCUCCGGGAGUUUUCUAACUGUUCAAUCGAUCUGGCUGCUCAUAUUCUUGGUGUCCUUUGAUAACCUUGUGAAUGUCUGAUUGCUGACUACAAAAAAAAAAAAAAAAAAAAAAAAAGAGUAGAUCCUCCAGUGGUGGAUUAGGAUAAGAAUAAAGGGCUUGGACAAUUUAACAACAACAAAAAAAAGUGUAGGCUUAAACAUAUUUUCAUUUAGAUCUUAAAUAACAUCAGUGAGAGUUGGGAAAGGAUGGUGGGUUUAUUCUGCACUCUGUCUAUGCAUAUGAGACUCCCAGCACGUCAGCAGUGAGAUAAUCAAACCAAAACAACACUAUCAUAUUAUCCAGGCAUUAAGGAUACACUUCUGGUUGACAGUGAUCAAAUAGAGUUCACAUUUCUGGCUGGGUGGUUAUUUGUUUCUGUCUCUGGAUCUGUUAGUUUUGUUUACAGUCACUGAAUUUUGGGACUCUUGUCUAUUGACCCCGCUUUGCUUAUGUAAUCAUUUCAAUCUGCAGUACAGCUGCAUGUUUAGCAAUCCCCAUCAGCUUGUAUAAUAGAGUGCAACCUUAGCUGAUCAUUCUGAAUGCCGAUGUGCCAUACAUUCAGCCUUCUCGCCAUCUGUGUAUUUGUUGGUGAAUACGACGAUUCAGGGUAUCUUUUGCUCAGUUGCUUUGCUUUUCCAAGCAAGCUCUCGCUUUAACGAAACAAAAACCUUUACUGUCGCGGAUUUUGACACUCGUCUUCCUUAAAUUAUUAUCAGUGGCGAUGAUGCAGGAGGGCUGAGAAGGGAAUGAGAUGGGAAUAUCGCUGUUGCAGUCCCUGUGUAGUAACUGUCAAUGUCAAUCACACAGUAUGGCUGCCAUCCUGUGGUGGGUUUGUGUAACUACUUCUCAAAAUAAAUCAAAUCUGUAUCAA